CACCAUUUCCUUAACGCUGAUUCUGAUGCUUGAAUUCUGAUUGAAUUCCAUGAUAUGAAUUGCAUGCCACUGUGAACAGCGCACUUCACUCGAGCCAACCAAUCGUGCUACGUCAUGGCUGCAGUAGUGGAUCCCCCUUUGAACUCGGUCAGCAAGAUCCUGUGUCCGGACCCGUCUGCUCACGAGCACGAUCAACAGCACCAGCAAAAGCGAUUGCAGGACCAAUCUGCCGCGGCAGCUCUUUAUGUAACGCACCCGGAGCGCAAAAUCAAUGUCCAGCCUAUAAACCCGCUAGGCCCAGACGGCAAGUUGUCAGCCGCAGGUAUCCGUCCUCCUCGCCUGUCUCUCCGUGAAGAUAUCCGUAUCUAAAUGUCAAAUGCUAAUGCUGCGAAUCAGGAGCUGCUGCGUCGCUGAAGUACGCGCGCGCAGAAGAUCUUCCUUCGUUUCCGAUCGUGGGUAUUGACACGAAGAAUUCCGGCCUGACGGCCGCGUCCUUAGCGCAUUCGAAUCCGAAAGAUAUCCGCUACCCCGCGGUGGAGAUGUCGUCGGAUGCGAGCAAAGCUGCGCUUCUGGCGAACAACUAUAAGAUGGAAACCCAGUGGAAACCGGAAGCCAGUGCUGCGGGAUCGAAGGCGGCUCUACUCGCCCAUCAUGGCCAGGGAAGAGAUUGGUGGCAGCCUACUGCCUCAAAGGACGGACUACAGGCUGCAACAUUGGCGGCGAAGAACAAAACUUUGACUCCGCAGCUGGACUACGGGUAUACAGACGAUGGAAAGAGCAAGGCGCUGCUUGCAGCCCGUCUCUCUGUCAAAGGAAGGAAGCGCGCUGAGUCUACGCCCGCUCCCGCGGCACGAAUGGACGGAACGCAACAAUCGAACUCACUCAAGGCUGCCACUUUGGCACACGCUGACGGACUUAGCUCAAAAGCGAUCGAACAAUCACGCAUUACCCAUGCGAGAAAUUUGUCGCGUGACAUGUACACCGAACACCCCAACGUGGAGAUCGAGAAGAAAGAGAAGGCACAUCAAGAUGCGCUGAGGAGUGCAUCCAUUUCUAUGGCGAAGCAAAUAUAUGCUAUUGAGAAGGUCGAUGAUUCGGGGCACGUCAGAUUAAACGCUGGACAGGUGGCUGCUCGUAAAGCAGACAGAGCUUCUGUUGAGACGACAAAAGACUUAAGGCAACAGGCGCUAGAGUAUCUCACACUUCAAGAUGCGGCGCAGAGAUUGGCAGCGGAGCGACUUGCAAAGAUCGAAGAUCGCCACGAGAGCGCGGCAUUCAGAGACUACUAUGGCUAUCCUAGCAAGAGGAAAUCACUACUCUCGUUCAAAGGCCGUAACCGAAGGCGCACAUUUAGCGACGGGGCAAUAUCAUUCAAGCAGGACGAGCCAGAGAUACAGAGCGAGCCCACGAGCCCCCAACCACAUCGUCGCGGUAAUCUAGACAUUGAUUCUGACGACGAAGAGCAAGCGGCCAGGGUACGAUCGCAGAUGAAUGCGUUCAACGCGAAACUAGCAGCAGCAGAUAAGAAGAGACUCAGAGAUCGCGAAGCUCUCAUCGCAGCGGCCGAGCGUAAAGUGCAAGAGCAGAUGAGCAAGAUGGAUGAAAAAGUGUUCAAUGAAACUGGUAAGAUGUCGCCGGCCAUGAUGGCAGAGUGGGACAAUCGUGCUCGGCAGAAGGCUGUUGCUGCAAGUCGUUUACGCAUGGAAAAUCACGGCAAGGUGGACGUAGGCGGUGGCAAAUUUUUGGACCAGAGCGAGAUUGAUGCGAUUGCUCUCGCGAAUAUCAAGCCUACACUUGACGAGAUCAAUGAAACUGCCCAGAAGCAACGAGCAAGGGAUGAAGAGAUUAGGUUGGAGAAAGAGGAGCAGAGAAGGCAGAUGCUGAAGGAGAAGGAGCGGAAUGCUGAAACUAAGGCUUUGCAGAAAAAAAUUAAGGCUGAAGAGCGAGAUGCGGAGCGUGAGAAGAGGCGUAAUGAAAAGAUUGCUGCUGCCCACGAGAAGACAGCGGCCAAAGAGGAACGCCAGCGCGAGAAGGAAGCUGCCAAGGAAGAGAAACAACGAAGCAAAGAAACGGCAGCGAUACAGAAAUCGGCAGCAAUGGAAACUUCGCAGUUGCAGAGACAUAAAGAGAGUGACGACUUUCAGACACCGAAGAAGAGUCCGUGGAAGAAAUUAAUUUCUCAUCGCCACGAGCGUGAGCCUGGACGGAUCUCCAAAAUCAUGGCUACAGACCACCCAGAAGGGGGAAAAGAUGAAGUAUCUGCGAAGCCCAGCGCUGUGCAGCCUGAACCUAACCCGGCGCCGGUAGCCGAAGGUACAUUGACUGGAGCGACUAUGGCAGGCGAUACGCCAGCUACGGUUGCUGCUCCAGCGGCACUCCCUGAGACCGAGGCUGUAAUUGACCAUCCAGUCACAACGUCAACAGAAGAGCACCAUGCAGCCAUCGGCCCAACGAGCUCGCGCAGCACCGCUCCUAGAGAGUCUGAGGAGGUGCAUUCAGCUUCUAGUCCCACGAAGAAACGGUUCACCCGCAUUCUCGGCAAGUUCAAACGAAACAAAAAAGACAAAGACGAUGAUGACGAUGCCGCGACGGAGACUUCGUCCUUCAGCGGCGGUGUUAAGCUCCACAAGAAGCGCAGUAAUAAGGAGGCUCCUCACCCGGCAAGGGAAGCUGACAAAGCUACACCGGCUUUAGGGUCUGGCGCCAUAGUAAGAAAACCGUCCAUCUCUUCCAUGUCUUCAUCUAGCUCGGAUGAGGAAGCAUUGCGUGACUCUCACGACGAGGAACGAGGAAGAAGCGCAACUCCAAAGGACGUAACGAAGUCAGCGGGUGAAGCUGGAGACAGCGAGGACACGGACGGCGACUGGGAGGAGGCGCGAGACCGAUUCGACGGCGAUUUGGCACCGCCUGCAAGAAUACUGAGUAAAAAGCACGGAAACUCGGAGAGCCCGGUCAGAGACAGCAAGUUCCACGAGGACAUCUAACAUUGGUCAAGGUAAGGUAUCGGUCGGAAGAAUGUAAGAAUCUAUGUAACUAUGUUUACGUUGAACGGUGGAGGGCUCAAGGGGGAGGGAAAGCGGUCAAGUAUGUAAUGAGUACAUGUGGUACGCGGCGGACAGCGUAUUCUGAUAUGGCAUAUAUCUAAUAUAAUGGUACUGAACUCUGCCUUCAACAAUGGCGAUGACCCCAGAGAGGCACAGAAGCGA